UCAUUAACGCUAUAAACUUUACUUUUCUACUUGUUUUCUUCAACUCAGUUUGGAUUUAGCACCAAAAUGGCAACAAGUAACGACGUGCGAGAGAACGUGAAGAAAUACUAUGGCCAACGACUGGAGUCCUCAUGUGACUUGCAAACCAGCGCCGCCUCCUGCCCCCUGGCCUGCAGCCCACCGCCCAGGAGUGUGACUGAUGCCCUGAGUCUGGUUCACCCACAGGUCAUCAAAAGAUUCUUUGGAUGCGGUCUUCCGUUUCCAGCGAAGCUUGAGGGUUGCAGAGUCCUGGAUCUCGGCAGUGGAUCCGGACGUGACUGUUUUGCCUUCAGCAAACUUGUUGGACCAAGUGGACAUGUGACAGGGAUUGAUAUGACAGAAGAGCUGAUCACAGCCUCCCGUCAGUAUGUUGAGUAUCAUCAGGAAAAGUUUGGCUAUGAGAAGCCCAACGUCACUUUUGUCCAGGCAUACAUGGAAAAGCUCACUGAGGCGGGGAUACAGAAGGACUCCAUGGAUGUUGUGAUAUCCAACUGUGUAAUCUGCUUGUGUCCUGAUAAAAGAGCAGUGCUACAACAAGCCUUUGAUGUCCUAAAGGAGGGAGGGGAACUUUACUUCAGUGACAUGUAUGCCAGCAGUGUCAUUCCUGAUCACAUGAAGCAGGAUCCAGUCCUCUGGGGGGAGGGAAUGGGUGGCUCUUUGUUUUGGAAGGAUCUCAUCUCACUUGCCCAUGGUGUUGGUUUCAGCACCCCACACCUUGUUUCAGCCAGUCACAUUGUGAUCCACAACAGCGAACUCAAAGAAAAAGCAGGCGACAUCAGAUAUGCUUCAGGCACUUACAGGCUCUUCAAGCUACCCAAAGAUUCAGUGCUGUCCAGAUCAACUGUGACCUACAACGGAACAAUAGCAGAGUUACCGGAUCAGCUGGACUUCGAUUCCUCCCACUGUUUCAAGAAAGGCGUGGGAGUGGAGGUAAAUGGGAAGAUGACAGCGAUCCUUCAGAAAUCCAGAUUCUCCUCAGAUUUUGAAAUCCAGAUGUUGGAUAAACAGGAGUCCAGCUCAGAGUCAGCCCCACAGUACUGCCACCUCAACCCAUUUCUGCUGGCUGACAAGCGGGGGUCCUCCGUGAAACAGUGCUCCAAGACUGUUAAAUAAACAGGCAGCUGCGUCAAGAGGAAAGCGUCCGAAGAAAACCUUAAACAUUUCUUUUUUUCCCCCAGAGGAUUUUAUACAUGUCUGCAGCUAGUGGCAUCAUUUCAAUACCACAGUUAAACAAUCAGGUUUUUUAAUCGCAUUAGAUCAAUUCACCAUGAAAUCAUCUCAGUCCUCUUUGGUGAUGGAGAGAAACACAAUAAUUCCCUCUGAGCAAGCACUUGAUAACAUAUAU